AUGCGCGUGUUCUUGGGAGGAGGACGACGAAACCACGGGGUCUCCUUCCCCCGCGCCAACCGGGGUGGAGGGAGAGGGACGCACCACGCCUUCCCCUGCCUUGGAAAGCGAGACGGGGACCCCCGGACCGUCGGUAGAGUCGGGCACGCCCGCGACUACCACUUCGCCAGCUCCGACUCCUUCCCCUUCGGGGGAAGACGGUUCUCGCGGAGGCGUCACCACCACCACCCCGCCAUCAUCAUCGGCCUCCCUGGCCCCUUCGACGGUGGCCGACACCGACGAUGCCCCCGCCGUCUCCGACGGCACCUCCUCGCCGGCCACCGACACCAACACGGGGAGCACCGACGGGGCCGAGGACGCCUCCGGGGCCGCUCCGGCGGCGGCACUGUCAUGCGGCGGGAUUGGUGCCGUUUCGGGUGCCGCAGCGGCCGCUUUGAUGUUCGCCGCCGCAGUAUAGGCUUGCUCCGAACGCGGCGGCGGUGGCACGGUUAUGCGGCGGGUUUGGUGCCGUUUCGGGUGCCACGGCGGUCGUUUGGUCGCUCGCCACCGCCGUACUAUAGGCUUGCUCGUCGGGUCUGCUUUGUUGCACACCUCUAGAUUUGGGUGUGAGGAGCCGGAGCGGAGUAGUUAGUGGGAGUGCAGCAGCCGCUGCUGCUUCUUCCGCCGAGUGUUUUGGCCGGCGUAGUGUGCUGUAGCUCGCUGAGAUUGUUCUGGUUCUCCUCUCGUACCUUCUCCUGGUCUCGUUUGGAGCCGUGUUUGCUGUCGAGUGUAUUUUUCUUACUACAAUUCAUUGUUGUUUUUCGUCUCUUCUUAUACCCGCCACGCCCCCCCCACCCCC